AUGAUAGAGGUUGUUUACAAUGACUGUCUGGGGAAGAAGGUCCGAGUUAAAUGCAACACCAAUGAUGACACCAUUGGGGACCUUAAGAAGCUGAUUGCAGCCCAAACUGGCAUCCAUUGGAACAAGAUUGAACUUAAGAAGUGCUACAUGAUUUUUAAGGACCACAUGUCUCUAUGGGACUAUGAAAUCCAUGAUGGGAUGAACUUGGAACUUUAUUACCAAUACAGCAGAAUUCCUUCUACCACACUAUCCUCCUUUCCUCCCAUGCCACCCACACUGGAGAACUUGGGCAAGAGUGUGGAUGACUUUUAA